AUGACAAUCGAACAUAUAAAAUGCCAAUGCAUAAAAUACAGUAUCCCAGAUGAAGAUUGCGAACCAAUAAUUAGAGCUUCAACAAAUACAAAUGAUCUACUAGUAGCUGUUAUAAAUAAUAAAAAAAAUGUACUUCUAUAUAAAAUAGUGAAUAAAGAAUUAAUUUAUUGUGAAACUUUUUAUAUUGGUAAUAGAAAUAAAGUUAUUGGGUUUGAAUGGUCAAGAAAAAAUGAGUUACUUAUUAUUACUAUUGAUAUGAAAUGUAUUAUUUAUAUGAGAAAUGAAAAUGAGACUUGGGUAUGUAGUACUGUAAAUAUACCAACACAGGAAUUGCCUACAUGUGCUUGUUGGCAUCCAUUUGCAGAUUCUUUUGCUAUAGGAUUUUCAUCAGGUGUUACAUUUAUUUGUUCUAAAAAGGAUAAACAAAAAUGGACAAUUAAAAAAAUUGUAAAUCAUACUGGAAGUAUUCUUUAUUUACAAUGGAAUUCUUCAGGACAUAUUUUGUCUACUGCCUCAAUGGAUUCAACAUCUUUGCUUAUUUGUACACUAGAUUUAUGGGAAGAUAAUACAGUUAACAAUCAAAAUAUAAAGAUAUAUGAAAAAAUUAAAGAAUUUAUUAAAGAAAGAAAUUUAAAAAAUAAUGAUAUAAUAGACAAGGUUGAAUAUGAAGGAUAUAUUUUUUGUCAUACUACUUUUUCUUUAUCAAAUGAAAAGAUAGCUAUAAUUGCUAGUAACUUUGAAAAUAGCUGCAGAAAACAACAAAUAAUAAUUUCUGAUUAUUUACAGUCUCCAGCAAAAAUCCAGUUGGUUUCAUGGAUUGGCCAAACGCUUCAAAAAUGUUUAUUCUUAGAAGAAGAUAAGCUUUUAUAUGGGUAUGAAUUAUUUCCAAUUAUUAUUGCAUGUUCAAAUGAUGAGUGGGUUAUAUCAAAGGUUAUUUUACCAGAAUUUACUAUUAAAAAUUUAAGUGUUGAUUUUUUUUAUGAUAAAAAAGAGAUUCAAGAUAUAGAAAAGGAAAAUAAUAAAAUGAAUGGAAAUGAUAUUAUUGGUGAAAUUGUUGCUCAUUCAAAUCAAAUUAUACAAAUAUCUAUGUUAGAAUCAUAUGAAUAUAAAAAUUAUAAACAAUUUAUAACAGUAUCAAGUGAUUUUAAUAUGAUUCUUUGGGAUUAUAUUUUAUAA